AGUAAGACAGCAGCAGCUCAGGCAGACGGCGACGGAUGCUGGUAGGGAAGAGGCUUCGGUACAAAAACAAUCAGCAUGUUAUUAGUGUUGGUCCCCUGGGUGUGUUGUACCUAAUCGGAGAAGGUUGGGAAGCUUUGGAUACUGUCCAACAUCAUCAGUCUGUUUCACCAAAAUGUCUGAAUUUGAGGAUUUCAGCUGGACAGGAGGGCAGGCCAACGUGUCUGAAAGCUACCAGCUGAACCCCACCAGCGUAAUCGUGUCCGUGGUAUUCUCCCUCAUUUUCCUGCUCGGCACCAUUGGAAACAGCCUGGUGCUUGCCGUGCUGCUGCGGAGUGGCCAGCUUGGAUACAACACGACCAACCUGUUCAUACUCAACCUGAGCGUGGCCGACUUCUCCUUCAUCAUCUUCUGCGUUCCUUUCCAAGCUACCAUCUACUCUCUGGAGGGCUGGGUGUUUGGCUCCUUCAUGUGCAAAGUGGUCCACUUCUUCAUCAACCUUACCAUGUAUGCCAGCAGCUUCACACUGGCUGCUGUGUCUGUUGACAGAUAUUUGGCCAUACGCUACCCUCUGCGCUCCAGAGAGUUGAGAACCCCUUGUAAUGCAGUGGUCGCCAUGGUGGUUAUCUGGGGUCUUUCCCUGGUCUUUGCAGGUCCAUAUCUCAGCUACUAUGACCUGAUUGAUUUUGCCAACAGUACUGUGUGUAUCCCUGGCUGGGAGGAACAAAACCGUAAGGUCCUGGACACCUGCACCUUCCUGUUCGGCUACGUCAUUCCUGUGCUGGUCGUGAGCCUCUCGUACACCAGAACCAUUAAGUACCUCUGGACAGCUGUUGACCCUCUGGACGGCAUGUUAGAAUCUAAAAGAGCCAAGCGCAAAGUCACCAAGAUGAUCAUCAUUGUCACCGUGCUCUUCUGCAUAUGCUGGCUGCCAUACCACGUGGUGAUAUUGUGCUAUCUGUAUGGAGAUUUCCCUUUCAAUCAAACCACGUACGCCUUCAGGCUACUCUCUCACUGCAUGGCCUAUGCCAACUCUUGCGUCAACCCUAUUGUGUAUGCUCUGGUGUCUAAACACUUCCGUAAAGGUUUCAAGAAAGUCUUCAGCUGCAUUCUCAUUAAAAAUGGUAGAAACAAGGUUCACGUGGUUCACGUGGUCAACACGGGGCCUGGGUUUGAAGCGGGCUCCACGGAGGUAUCACACAUGAACGAAGAGAACAUGCGACAGAACGAAUGCGAAAUGAUCAACAGGCCAAGACGAGUGGAGCCAAGAGAGCCUAUGGUGACCCUAAAUUCUUCUUUUCAGCACCCGACUUGAUGAACGCUCAGAGAAGUUUCAGUGCAGAUUGCCUUACAUGAAAAUCUUUGCAACUAUAUAGAAAUUAAUACAUUUUUUACCAAUUCAACAUUCAAUUUGUUGGGGGUAAACUGGGGGAUACAUUAAUUUGGAAUGAGGUAACUACUAAAUCGGAAAAUGUUGCUCAUUCAUCCGAUCAUUUAAUCAAUUCAGCUCAACUCAACUUUACUGUUGCACCUAUCAGCAGACAUAUUUCUGUUCAAAUAUUUACAGUUUAAUUCAAAUACUUUUCGUGAGCUGCAAAGAAAAACGUUAUUUCAUAUACCGAGGUUAUUUUUCUUCAAAGGAUUGGUGAUAACUGAUGAAAUCAGGGGAGCGAGGUUGUUCAUUUACUAAAGCUAAUGUGAACGUCAUCCCAUGUGACUCAUCUAUAAGUCAUCUCUGCACCACUGUUUAACCACCAUCCCAAGUUUAGCUUUAAUAUUCGGUAGCUGGAUUUCUCUCCACGUGAGCAGUUUUCAGCUGUAAUCGUUGAAGUCUAAUCCGACCUUCCUGCCAGGUUUAAACCCACCCGUUGGAUAUCAAAGGUGUAGUUUUUCGUGGAGCAGGGUGUUUGUUUUGUCUUUUGCAUGCAAAUGCUGUUCUCUCGUUUUGAGAUAAGUCUUCAAUUGGGCAAAAUGUGUAAGUAAGCUAACUCUGCAGACAGUUGUGCAAAACAGUUAAAUAUUCACAGUGCAGCUUUGUAACUGGAUAAAGAAGUCUCUAAAUAUGGCUCAGAACACACUGAUGUGUGCCAGGUGUAACAAUUAGGUUUCGGGGGAGGCAUUUUAAGCUAAGAUAAAAAAAAUAAAUGCAAAGUUCAGGGUUGAUGGCUUGCAGAAGUCUUUUUGAAUUCUGCAAUAUUUGUACACUUUUUCUUGCUUUACUUGUACUUUGUACCAAUGGCAUGUUUCUAUUUGGUGUAAAAUAUUAUGCCGUUAAAAGAAUGUGUUUGUCAAUGAGUGCACUUAUGUAUCUUAAGAGUAUUUAACUAAGAUGUAUUUAAUAUUGUAAAGCUGUGAAACGAUUAUCACACAUUUGCAGAUUUGUUUUUAUGCAAAGGACAGCACAUCCUCAGUUUGUCUUUGUUUUACUGUAGAGUUGAGUUCUAUCUCAGAACUGUAAUAAAGCCUUUUGUUUGUGCUAUGUUCCAGAUAUUUUAAUGGAGAGAAAGAAUGUACUGUGGACUGAAUGGCUUAAAUGACCAAAUAGAUCCGUUUAUGCUGUGAAAUUGUGUUGCAGAGCAUAUUUAGUUUUUAAAGGAAAAUCAGAAAUAUGUUGUAAAUGAUUUUAGCAUCAUUAAUGGUAUAGUUAUCUCCAGCAUGAUGACUCAAAAAUAUGCCUUCAGCAGUCUAAUUCACACAAAUAUUUCAACAUAUUCAAUCAAUAUUCUCAUUACAAAGAACGAUGUAUUUGCUCUCCUCUUCUAGUAAUUAUCUUGUCUUCUUUUCUCUGUUUCUGUAGCAAAAAUACAAAUUAAACUGCUUUCAAUUGCAGCGCUCCUUUUUGGGAAUUAAUGGUUUAAUAUGCUAAUGUCUACAUUGAUAAUUUCAUACUAUGUGGACUCUAAAGCUGCUCAAUAAAUGUUGAUUAAAUAAAAAUAUUCAGACCAUUUGAAGCAUGAAUCCUAAAUAUAGAUGUAUUGUUUGACAUGAAAGUGAUCUUUAUCACAGUUUUUGUAAAGCUGGUAAUAUUCGU